AUGUCGACCGCAGCGGCGGCCAUAGGUGACAUGAACAAAAUUCCAAUACACAGGCCAUACCUCGAUUGCGUCUUUCUUGCAACGCUCCUGCUGGCAGUACUUCUUGCUGCCAGAAGCGUCGAGAGCAAGUCAGUCUUUGCCCAUUUUGUGGUUGGCAAUACGGAAACGUUUGACGUUGCUAAAUGGGAAGACAACAUUGCCCUUGCACAACAAGCACACAUCGACGCUUUCGCUCUCAACAUUGCACAUGGCUGGAAGUUCAACGACCAGCAAAUCGCCAACGCUUUCAGUGCCGCCAGCUCUAAAGGCUUCAAGCUUUUCUUCUCCUUUGACUAUGCCGGUGGUGACGUGCCUUGGUCAAUGGCUGAAGUCAAGGCCCUCAUCCAAAAAUACGGCUCCUCCUCGGCUCACUUUCAGUACAACGGGAAGGCGUUUGUCUCAACAUUUGAGGGUCCCGAUAACGCUGACGACUGGAAGAGCAUCAAGGCCGAUACAGGCUGCUUUUUUAUCCCGGACUGGUCUUCACUGGGCGCAACGCCUGCCGUCAAGGCUGGAGAUGGUGUGGCAGAUGGUCUUUUCAACUGGGCCGCAUGGCCCUACGGUGAGCGCAACAUGACGACUUAUAUCGACGCGUCCUACCAUCAGCUGCUUGGGGGCAAGCCAUACAUGAUGCCCGUAUCCCCUUGGUUCUUCACCAAUUUGCCAGGCUACAGCAAGAACUGGCUGUGGAAGAGCGGUGACCUGUGCUGGAACGACUACGGCGAGUCACACUACAUCGGCCCCCUCGAUGACACCCAGUACGAGGCCUUCGACGUGGGCGAUGCCCCGUACAACUACGUCAAGAAUAUGCCCCACGAUGGCUGGCGAGAGCACUUGCCCUAUCUCAUUGACUUAUACAAGACCGGCACUGCUUCCUUCACAAAGGAGAGCAUUAUCACCUGGUUCCGAACCUCGCUGAGCGACACCUGUGCCGACGGAGGUACCACUGGUAACACAGCCUCCCAGCUCCAGCUUGAGUACCAUGCGCGUGACCUGACGCCAGACCGCAUCUACUUCUCCGCCCUCCUAGCCAGUCCGGCUGAGCUCAAAGUCUCAUUUGGAGGUAGAGACUACUCUAUCACCGAUUGGGACUACACUCCUGACGGGGGCGUGGGCGUCUAUCACUCCAGUAUCCCCGUGCUUGGAGCUGGCGGUGCAUGGCAUGUGCAAGUUGUCAGGAGCGGCAAUACCAUCAUCGACUACGCGGUGCCGCAAGGCAUCUCGGGAGACUGUCCUAAUGGCGUCACCAAUUGGAAUCCAUGGGUCGGAUCAGCCUCGAGCUCAGGAUCAGUUUCUGGAAAACCUCCGCGUGACCUGUCUGAACAAGUCUGUAUUGCAGGCUGGGGCGAGGGCAACUUCAACGACCUUUGCAAGUUCACUUGCAAGCACGGCUACUGCCCUUCGAGCGCCUGUAUCUGUACCAACAUGGGAAAGGCUAUUGAGAAGCCCAAGUCGACAGGAGUCUUGGGGUACCCCGGAAAUGGCGACACGAAUUACGGUGGUCUCUGUAGCUUUGCCUGCAAUCUGGGAUACUGCCCGUCGACAGCGUGUUCCACGGAAAAGCAACGCGACUACGUGCCAGCCACAUCGCCCUUCAACCCAAACACGUGCGUAACUGGUGGCGGACACGGCAGCUUUUCUCGCAUCUGCAACUGGGCAUGCCACUAUGGCUUCUGUCCCAUCUUUUCCUGCUUCUGCACCAUGGAGGGUCCCCUCAACUUACCACCCCCUGUGGUCAAGGUCAGCGGCGUCAAGUCCAACCUGGGCAACGACAACGGCCUCUGCGCUUUCACCUGCUCGCACGGCUACUGUCCGUCUCCAGAAUGCAGCUCAGAUAGCUCCGAUGGGUCUGAUGGGAGCAACGGCAGCGGCAGUGCGAUGGACAUCAUUGUGGGAUACUUCCAGGCAGACAGCAUCUCGCGACGGGGCUGCGCCCAGCGAUCAGCCAGCUUCGUGCCGACAGACUCGGUCAGUCACGUCAACGCUGCGUUUGCCUGGAUCGAGUCCGCCACAUUCGCCUUGAUUCCAGACGCCAACACCGGUGCAGACCAGCUCAAACAGCUCGCAGCUCUCAAGGGUCAAGCCACCGGCCUGCACGUCUGGCUGACCCUCGGAGGCUACGACUUCUCAACUGGAUCUAGAAGGGCAUCCGACACGCAGGGAAUCUUCAGAGACAUGUUAACCUGGCGUCUUUCGCAAUACGGCUUCGAUGGCGUCGACGCCGACUGGCAGUGGCCCCAGGCCGGCGAUGAUGCAACAAACUACGCAAUUCUGUUAGAUGAGAUGCGGGAAUACUUUGAUACACAGUCCACAGGCUCCACGGCAUGGGGAAUAUCGUGCACCCUGCCAGUUGACUCUUCCAUCCUUGGACGCUUCGAUCUAGCGUCCAUAGCCGCGUCGACAAGCUGGAUCAACCUCGUUGCCUACGAUCUGGAGAGUACAGACAAGAGCACUACUCGGGCCAUGUCCGACAAGAGUGUCAUUGAUGCGGCACUCAACUUCCUCACGAAUGCCGGGGUGCCGCACACUCAGAUCAACCUCGGCAUUGGCUUCUUUGGCCGGACUUACACCCUUUCCGGCAAGUCUUGCACCGGGCCUGGUUGUGCUGCUUCUGGCUUUGGAGUUGCGGGAAAGUGCACUGGACAGCCUGGUUUCCUGUCUUAUGAUGAGAUCUCAAGUGAACUUGCCAUUGACGAUGGUAUGGUGGACGACAAGACUGGCAUCAACUAUCUCAGUUAUGGCGAUAGUCAGUGGAUCUCCUUUGAAGAUCGCGACUCCAUCAUUGAGAAGGUCAAGUACGCUAAGAGCAAAGGCCUUCUUGGUGUCGCUGUCUGGGCUAUCGAUCUGGACAAUGAUGAUCACUCCCUCCUCAACGCCACUCUCUACCCGGGCGGCCUCGGAAGCCUCUCAUUGACAACCGGCACCAACCACGACGACUCAUCCAACUACACCAACGUAGAGAUCAGUGCCUGCGCCUGGUCUGACUGUACAACGUCAACCAUCCCGCAUUGCCCUGCUGGCAAGCAGCUUCUAAACAUUGACCGCUGCAGCGUGGAGCCAGGGUCGGGAGCAAAACGUUACAAGGGCCUUUGCUGUCCUCUGGGCCAAACACCCGACUUCGAAACCUGCGGGUGGAAUCGGCUCGACGGCGGCGAUUGCGGGGGAGGAUGUGAGACCAACCAGGUCUCCAUCGCUUCGGACAAGUGGUUCAUCAAUAAGAAGGGCGUGGAAAACUACUGUUUCUAUGGCACGGCCACCUUCUGCUGCGAUGCGGUAGAAACGGGCGAGAACAUUUGUGCCUGGGAGGACACCUGUUUCAACGUCGGCUCCAACGGUCUUCCUACGUCGAGCAAUGUUUGUUCAAAGGGCCGCAAAUUCGUCACGUAUGCCAAAGACGCCCCGGGUCACGGAUCUUGCCAAGGAGACGCCAAGGUCAACUCGUGGAAGGCCUACUGCUGCGACCAGGACGUUAAUACAUCUUCCUUUGGAUGGUCUGGCGUUGGAGGCUUUGACGACGACGGGUCAAAGUGCAACUCGGCGAAAACCUGCCCUUUAGGCAAGACCGCCAUCGCCACAUCGAGUCUCGGCGGCGGCGCAGACUGCACCUACAGCGAGCUGUCCGGUUCCAUUUUCAUCAAGCCUGCGCUCCCCCAUAGGGUCCAGCGCACGCUUUGCGCCGACCUCAACGCACUGAGGCGGCAGAUCAAGACGCUCCCCGUCCCGGUGGAGAAUAUCUUCCCCCACCCCGGCCCGUCGACCGACAAGCAAACAUGGGACGUCAAGCUGGACCCGACCAUGGGCGGAGCGGAUCCCACCCCGGAGGAGAGCACCAACGCGGACAAGAACUCAUUUGGCUGGUACAUCAUGUCGGGCCCUGAAGACGAGCUUACGUCUUUGAACAAGCGAGACGGGUCUCACUGGGAGCUUUUCGACUGCGAGGCAGAGGCUCUGCAUGAGAAGCGACAGACUGUCCGGGCAGUGUGCACCGAUAACUCUGACAAAAGCAACUGCGGCCUCAUCCACAAGGGCCGGGGAGUGGCCGAGACGGUGGUGGAGAUGCCGGACGGUUGCGGUCCCGGGAGAUACGCCAUGGCUGUCUCUCUGACACGGUCUGACAACCAAACGCUGCCUCAUCGCCUGGUCAAGAGAAACCCAGAACUGAUCAACACCCACGUUUACGACUUUGUCUUUGACUACGACUUUUCUCCUCUGCGGAAACGCGCCCAGGGAUUCAACGUGCUGUUACGCAUCGACUACAGCGAUGACCCGGGAUAUUGGAGCGAGAUCGUCGCCGCGGCGCCGACCAAGCUGAAGCGAUCCAGGCGUGAGAUAGAGGAAGAGGUUCACCGCCAUCACGAUGGCUCGUACAAGAAGUACAUGUACCACCUGUGGUCGAUCGACAAGCGGUCUACGCCGCAAGACGAGCUGCAUGACCUCCAUGCUCGCUGGUUCUCAAAGUCGGGGGCGAUCAAGGACUGGAUGGACCGGCUCCGUAACGUCGACAAGGAGUACGAGCUUGUGCGACACCGAGUCAACGAGUUGAUCCGCUGGGAUCUCUACGACGAGUCAAUAUCUUGCAACAUCAAAGGCGUCGACACGGUGGGCUACUUCAAGGCGUGGGCCGACUUGAACGUCAACAUCGAGACGUCGGCUCUCGUGACCCUGAUCGGAAACAUGGGCGACCUCAGCACUUUCGAAGAGUCUCACGUUCUGUUCCGCAACAGCGGCUCCGUCAAGGCUUCGUUCAACCUCGAGGCGCUGGUGACCAUGCAUUUCCUCACGGGCCAGGUCGAGCUUUUCGGCCUGCAGAACUUCGGCGCCACCUUCAGCGUUCCUGGCAUCGUGACGAUUGGCCCCAACUUCCGAGUCCUCGGCCAGCUCCAAGGCACCGCCACGAUGCACGGCCAGGCCCGCGUCGACCUCACCCUCGCCGAGUGGGACUUCACCCAACAGUUCCCUGACGCGAACGGAGCGGCAGAAGACGUCCUCACGACAGAUGCCAGCCCCAACUCAGCCAGAGUGGUGUCAGCGGACCCUAUUCAGACGUUGCAGGCAUCCAAGUUCUACUACGAUGUCUCUGCCAGCGGCGAGCUUGGUCUGAUGGUGACGCCCAAAGUUACGCUUGGCAUCGUCUUUAAUGAUAACUCUAUUGCGGACGCCUCCAUCGACUUUGGCGUCAACGGUGCUGUUACCUUGUACGGCUCAGCUGGCUCGAAUUCGAACAAAGCUUGGGAGUAUUGUUAUGGUGUCAACGCCCAAGCUGAGGGGUUUGCAGAAGUGUCAGCCCCCUCCCUGUUUCGAGUUAACCUCAACCGACAUUACAGCAUUUGGACCACUGGAACGUUUCCUGUCGUUGAGAAGACAUGCGCUGCCGCGUCUUCGCUCACAGAAACACAGCCAAGCAAGAGGUCUACCAAGCUGAUGAAGAGAGACAACUUGAUUGGAUCCCUGAUUUGCCCCGCAGAGUCUACGACAGACGCUCCCAAUAUCGGCACCUGCCCAGCAUGUGGCAUGAGCGGUGGAGAAUCUCGAGUCAGGAAGAGGUAUGGUUACAUCUUCCAGGAGAGGGCCGAUGCAUGCCCGCUUCCGAGUGCCAAUACCUGCUCGUGGGGCACCGUCUCUGCGCGCUCGACACCGGACGAUGAGGCCAGCCCGUUCCUGGUCGGGCGGCAGGCUCAGACGAAACCUAAGAAGGGUAACGUCGUUUUCGGGCCCAACUACACGCCCAUCGAAGUGGAUUUUGGGUCGUAUUUGUUCUGCAAGUACGCCCAACUGAGCAACUUCAUCCUCAGGAACCUCGUCGCAAUUACUCCCGAUGAGGUUUGCAACCCUACCAUUACGUUGCAGGACGACGCCAUGGUGACGGCCCUAUACUCGCAAAUCGGCUUUUAA